AUGCCAAAUAUUCAAGUUGAAAUUUCUAGUAAAACUGAAGGAAGUAAAAAGAUUACAACAGAAAUUCAGUCAAAUUCAUUGCCAGAUCUCUUAGCAUCGUUGAAAAAAUCCAAAGCCGAAACAAAUUCUGUGUUGACAGAAAUCGUAGAGAAUAGAAAAUCACUAAAUAUACGAGAUGAUAUCAAGCGAUCAACAAAUGAGGAUGAAGAAAGUGACGAAAAUGAUGAGCAUGAUGAUGAUUUAGAUGCAACAAAUAAGAAGCAAAAGACAUGA